AUGAUAGCAGCUCCAGAAAUACCAACUGAUUUUACUCUCCUUCAGGAGUCUGAAACACACUUCUCUUCCGAUACAGACUUUGAGGAUAUUGAAGGAAAAAACCAAAAACAAGGCAAAGGAAAAACCUGUAAAAAAGGGAAAAAAGGACCAGCAGAGAAGGGGAAAAGUGGAAACGGAGGAGGGAAGCCUGGUGGUCCAAAUCGGAUGAAUGGACAUCACCAACAGAAUGGUGUGGAAAACAUGAUGCUGUUUGAGGUAGUUAAAAUGGGCAAGAGUGCUAUGCAGUCUGUAGUGGAUGACUGGAUAGAGUCAUACAAACAUGACAGAGAUAUAGCACUUCUUGAUCUCAUUAACUUCUUUAUUCAGUGUUCAGGCUGCAAAGGAGUUGUUACAGCAGAGAUGUUCCGACAUAUGCAGAAUUCUGAAAUAAUCCGAAAAAUGACUGAAGAAUUUGAUGAGGAUAGUGGAGAUUAUCCACUAACUAUGGCUGGUCCCCAGUGGAAGAAGUUCAAAUCCAGUUUUUGUGAGUUCAUUGGAGUACUCGUCCGACAAUGUCAAUAUAGCAUCAUAUAUGAUGAAUAUAUGAUGGAUACUGUCAUUUCACUGCUUACGGGGCUGUCGGACUCACAAGUCAGAGCAUUUCGGCACACUAGCACACUGGCAGCCAUGAAGCUGAUGACUGCUUUAGUGAAUGUGGCAUUAAAUCUUAGUAUUAACAUGGACAAUACACAACGUCAGUAUGAAGCAGAACGAAAUAAAAUAAUUGGGAAACGAGCUAAUGAUAGGCUGGAACUCUUACUACAGAAAAGAAAGGAGCUUCAGGAAAAUCAGGAUGAAAUAGAAAACAUGAUGAAUGCAAUAUUUAAAGGUGUUUUUGUGCAUAGAUACCGAGAUGCAAUUGCUGAAAUAAGAGCUAUCUGUAUUGAAGAGAUUGGAAUAUGGAUGAAGAUGUACAGUGAUGCCUUUCUCAAUGACAGCUACUUAAAAUACGUAGGGUGGACUAUGCAUGAUAAGCAAGGGGAAGUAAGACUCAAAUGCCUAACUGCUUUGCAAGGGCUUUACUACAAUAAAGAGCUUAAUUCCAAAUUGGAACUCUUCACCAGUCGGUUCAAGGAUAGAAUUGUGUCUAUGACUCUUGACAAAGAAUAUGAUGUUGCAGUCCAAGCAAUAAAAUUACUCACUCUUGUUUUACAGAGUAGUGAAGAAGUUCUGACUGCAGAAGACUGUGAAAAUGUCUACCAUCUGGUUUAUUCAGCUCAUCGGCCAGUAGCAGUUGCGGCAGGGGAAUUUCUUUAUAAAAAGCUUUUCAGCCGCAGAGAUCCUGAAGAUGAUGGAAUGCUUAAAAGGAGGGGAAGACAAAGUCCAAAUGCUAAUCUUGUGAAGACAUUAGUGUUUUUCUUUUUGGAAAGUGAAUUGCAUGAACAUGCUGCUUAUCUUGUGGACAGCAUGUGGGACUGUGCAACAGACCUCUUGAAGGACUGGGAAUGUAUGAACAGUCUUCUGUUGGAGGAGCCUCUCAAUGGAGAAGAACCUCUAACGGAUAGACAGGAAAGCGCACUGAUUGAAAUAAUGCUUUGUACAAUUCGGCAAGCAGCUGAAUGUCAUCCUCCUGUGGGAAGAGGAACAGGAAAAAGGGUACUGACAGCAAAGGAAAAGAAAACCCAGUUGGAUGACAGGACAAAAAUUACUGAACUUUUUGCAGUGGCACUUCCUCAGUUGCUAGCAAAGUAUUCUGUAGAUGCAGAAAAAGUCACCAACUUAUUGCAGUUGCCACAGUACUUUGAUUUGGAAAUUUAUACAACAGGGCGACUAGAGAAGCAUUUGGAUGCCUUACUGCGACAAAUCCGGGAUAUUGUGGAGAAGCACACAGAUAUAGAUGUUUUGGAAGCCUGUUCAAAAACAUACCACGCUCUCUGUAAUGAAGAAUUCACAAUCUUUAACAGGGUUGACAUUGCAAGAAGUCAGUUGAUAGAUGAAUUGGCAGACAAGUUUAAUCGACUUCUUGAAGACUUCCUGCAAGAGGGGGAGGAACCUGAUGAAGAUGAUGCAUAUCAAGUCUUGUCAACACUGAAGAGAAUCACGGCUUUUCACAAUGCUCAUGACCUAUCAAGAUGGGACUUGUUUGGCUGCAACUACAAGUUACUGAAAACUGGCAUUGAAAAUGGAGACAUGCCAGAACAGAUUGUUAUUCAUGCACUGCAGUGUACUCAUUAUGUAAUCCUUUGGCAGCUAGCAAAAAUUACUGAAAGUAGUUCCACAAAGGAGGAUCUUCUACGUCUAAAGAAGCAGAUGAGAGUGUUCUGUCAAAUCUGUCAACACUACCUGACCAAUGUAAACACUGCUGUUAAGGAACAGGCGUUCACAAUUCUGUGUGAUGUGUUGAUGAUCUUCAGUCAUCAGAUUAUGACAGGAGGACGUGACAUGUUGGAGCCACUUGUUUACACUCCUGAUUCUUCAUUGCAAUCUGAACUACUCAGUUUUAUUUUAGAUCAUGUCUUCAUUGAUCAGGAUGAUGAUAAUAAUAGUGCAGAUGGACAGCAGGAUGAUGAAGCUAGCAAAAUUGAAGCAUUGCACAAAAGAAGAAAUCUACUUGCAGCUUUCUGUAAACUCAUUGUAUAUACUGUGGUGGAAAUGAAUACAGCUGCAGACAUUUUCAAGCAAUAUAUGAAGUAUUACAAUGACUAUGGUGAUAUUAUUAAAGAAACGAUGAGUAAAACAAGACAGAUAGACAAAAUCCAGUGUGCUAAAACACUUAUUCUUAGCUUGCAGCAGCUUUUCAAUGAAAUGAUUCAAGAAAACGGCUAUAAUUUUGACAGAUCAUCACCGACAUUCAGUGGCAUAAAGGAACUUGCUCGACGUUUUGCUUUAACGUUUGGACUGGAUCAGUUGAAAACAAGAGAAGCUAUUGCUAUGUUACACAAGGAUGGCAUAGAAUUUGCUUUUAAGGAGCCGAAUCCACAAGGUGAGAGCCACCCACCAUUAAAUUUGGCGUUUCUUGAUAUUCUGAGUGAGUUCUCCUCCAAACUUCUCAGACAAGACAAAAGAACAGUGUAUGUUUACUUGGAGAAGUUUAUGACCUUUCAGAUGUCUCUACGAAGAGAAGAUGUGUGGCUUCCUCUCAUGUCCUACAGAAACUCUUUAUUAGCUGGUGGGGAUGAUGAUACUAUGUCAGUGAUUAGUGGAAUUAGUAGUCGAGGAUCUACAGUAAGAAAUAAGAAGACAAAGCCGGCAACAGGGAAGCGGAAAGUACCUGAAGCUGAAGAAAGCAGCAGUAGUGACAGUAUGUGGCUGAACAGGGAGCAGACAAUGCACACACCGGUCAUGAUGCAGACUCCUCAGCUUACUUCCACAAUAAUGAGGGAGCCCAAGAGAUUGCGACCCGAAGAAAGUUACAUGGGUGUCUAUCCUAUGCAGCCUGAACACCACCAAGCUCCACUCGAUUACAACACGCAAGUAACGUGGAUGUUGGCUCAAAGGCAACAGGAAGAAGCCGCGCGACAACAACAGGAGAGGGCAGCGAUGAACUACGUCAAGCUGAGAACCAACUUGCAACACGCUAUUCGACGUGGCACAAGUCUAAUGGAAGAUGAUGAAGAGCCAAUUGUUGAAGAUGUGAUGAUGUCAUCAGAAGGGCGGAUUGAAGAUCUCAAUGAAGGCAUGGAUUUUGACACCAUGGACAUAGACCUACCACCAUCAAAGAACAGGAGAGAAAGAAUGGAACUAAAACCAGAUUUCUUUGACCCCGCUUCAAUCAUGGAUGAAUCG